UUACCAACUGUAAGAAGAGCAGAGGACUAGAGGAUUGUCUCUGCAGACAGCCUUAGAGGUGGUUGCUGCUACUUUACUGAGAGGAGUUCUGGCGACUCCAAAGUGCUUUUCAAAAUGAAAUUUGACAAUGUCCUCUCAGAAAUCAAUGGAUUUGGUCAAUUCCAAAUAAUGAUCGUCCUGAUUCAGAGCCUCUCUCGCAUGACCCUGCCGUGUCACUUCUUACUGAAUAACUUCAUAGCUGCUGUGCCCUCUCACCGCUGUGACAUCAGCACUCUGGAUGAUGAGGGCGUCUUUGGGAAUCUGACCCAGGAGCAGAGACUGACUGUCAGUAUUCCAGUACAGGAAGAUGGGACUCCAAGCUCCUGCAAGAUGUUCCCAGAACCCCAGUUCCACCUCCUGUCCAACUUCAAUGACAGUGACCUAGCUACAGUCCCCUGUCAGAAUGGAUGGGUAUAUGACAACAGCACCUUCAAAUCCACUCUGGCUACAGAGUGGGACCUUGUAUGCGAUAGAAAAGGGAUGAACAAAGUGACAGCCACCAUUUUCUUCAUUGGAGUAAUGUGUGGGGCUCCUUUAUUCGGUUUCCUCAGUGACAGAUUCGGCCGGAGGGCAAUGCUGAUGGUGGCUUACCUAGCAACUAUGGUGUUUGCUUUUACCAGUGCCUUCUCCACCUCUUAUGUCAUGUUUUGUAUCAUGAGAUUUUUCACCGGAGUGACACUAUCUGGAAUAAGCAUAAUCUCCAUUGUACUCAGUGUGGAAUGGUUUGACAUUCAACACAGGACAUUUGCUGGAGUGAUAGUAAGCCUGGAUUGGACAGGUGGAAACAUGCUGCUAGCUAGCAUUGCAUACUUUGUGAACGACUGGAGGUGGCUGACCAUAGCAGUUACCUCGCCUCUUGUCUUGGCUGUCAUUACCUGGUGGUGGCUUCCAGAGUCUGCUAGAUGGCUCUUAGCGAAUGGAGAAAAAGAAAAAGCCCAUUUCUACCUGGAGAAAUGUGCCAAGAUGAACAACAGAUCCAAGUGUAUGGCUGAGAUCACACCACAGACCCUUACAAAUGCAGUAAGAGUUAAAGAUGAGGACAAGAAGUACGGUUUUGUGGACCUUGUGAGAACUCCAAAUAUAAGGAAACUUGCCAUUUGCACAGGAAUACUAUGGUAUGGAGUUGCGUUUACAUAUUACAGCAUCAGCUUGAACAUCACUGGGUUUGGCAUGAAUGUCUACUUCACCCAGUUCAUAUACGCUGCCAUCGAGUUGCCUGGAAAGAUUGUGGUCUAUUAUUUCUUGAACAAGUUUGGCCGAAAACCUGGACAGGUUGGGACACUGCUUUUGACUGGAGCCUGUGUCUUCAUCAACAUAUUUGUUCCUCAAGGUUUGUGGGUGUUUCGUAGCAUCGUGGGUCUUUUUGGGAAAGGCCUCUCCGAAGCAUCCUUCACAAUAAUGUUCCUUUAUACCACUGAGCUCUACCCAACAGUAGUUCGGCAGAACGGCGUUGGCUACACCUCAUUUGUGGGUCGGCUAGGCGUGUCCAUCGCUCCCCUCAUCGCCCUAUUGGACGAUGUGUGGGAGCUCCUACCUGCUGUGAUAUAUGCCUUGGUGGCUGUUGGUACCGGACUAGUGGCUUUGCUCCUCCCAGAAACACUCAAUGUUCGCCUGCCAGAGUUCAUCGAGGACAUAGACAGACCAAGAGCGGAACUGGAUGGAGAGAGUGGCAAUCCACUAAAGCAAGCUGAUGAAAACAGGAAUGGAAAUGGAACAGUUGAGGUUACAUGAAUCCACGCCGAGAUCUUAUUAGAUUUUAAAAGGAUUAGAUAUGUAGAUAUAUGUGAAUCCAUGUCACUCAGAGAUACAGCAGUUUUCAAGCAAGUGCAUGAUAGAUGGACACAGAGCAGAAUAUCUACCUAGAAGAAAUAUAAUGGAUGGACCAAAAAAUAGAUGUACUAGGGUCCUACUAACAUAACCAAAACAACUAAAAACAACCAAAUACAAUCCAAUAUAAAUCCCCUUAUGUAACACACAUGAUAAAAGUUACUGUUAACCUCUGAAAUAUCAAUUAAUACUAAUACUUACCUGGUUAGUACUAACAUAUUACUUACMUGUUUAUUACUUGGUGAAAGAUAAUUGUAAGAUGAAUUGUAGCCCAUUUUUCUUACAUGGUCAUUAUUGAAUCUACUGUUUUGUUCUUCAUAAAUACUGGUGUUUGUGUGUCUUACUAUGUGGCUUGGCAAUAAACCUGUGUUCUAUACA